AUGGCGGCCCCCGUUCCCACCAACUUCAACGCCCAGGAUGCGGAUAACCUCGAGGAUAUCGAGAAGCAGUUCGCAGUCAAGGUCGUCCAGCACAUGGAGACCUACUGGAACAUAUUGGAGAAAGUCAAGGGCUCUUCGCUGCGCCUGACCAAGAUUGACGACGAGAUCUACGAGCAUCUGCAGAAGGACUUUCCCGAAUUCGACCCAUCCGCCACGAUCAACGAGGACGAGAUGAAAAGCAAGGACGGCAAGGAGCGCUGGCGAAAGUUCAUGAUGGCCUACGAGAAGAAAGUCGACGACUACAACUUCGGCACCAUGGUCCGCGCCAAUCCCAAGUUCGAGUACGGGCAGAACGAGGUCAUCUUUGUGCCUCGCAUGCAGUUCUACGCCGUUGAGAUUGCCAGAAACCGCAAGGGCCUGAACGACUGGAUCUACGAGAAGGCACAGGCGGCCAAGGCCUCCAGCUAA